GGAAUGAAAGUCAUUGUAUGAGUGUUGGAGUGUUUGGACCACAUAUGAGUGGCCCAUAUAUUGUGCCAUAGAUUGUGUGCAUUCACUGGCAGUCAUCAAAGCGUUCAUGAAAUACGAGUCAAUAGUAUUGUGUUUUUGAUCACAAAAAACACAUCAAAACAUUGAUUUGACGCAAAAAGCAAUCGUUAUUUUGAUAUACAUUUGGUUUACAAUAAUUAUUAUUGUUUUUAAUUGUCAUUAAUUGUUACAAAAAGACCGCAAAUAAAGCGAUGAAUGAAUACAUUGUGAAUGUAUUUCAUUUGAAGACAUCGUUAGAGUCUCUUAUGAAAAGAAAGGGUUGAAUUGAAAAGAAAUGAAUGAAACCUAAUCUGAAGUGAAAACUAUAACUUUAAAUACACUCAACACAAGAACAACUACGGGAUGACGACUACGGGUUGUUGUGAUAUCAUUCGGCACAACAUCGGCGACGACAGGGCCGACACGAGCGCUGCCACCGCCGGUCCCAACGCCAGCGUCUCCUCCCAAAUGCCAAACUCUCCUACCAUUGAAUACCCGCCCCGUUGUAUGACAUUAGCGCUGGGUUCGGGUCCAUCCAGUCUUAGCCAUCGACACACUCGAGGCCACAAACGAACAAAGAGUGCCGGAAAUAACAGUUUACGCGAGUCGUCGCUAUACACGGCCACCGGUCUGUACGCUCACCACCACCGCAACCGAUCAAAUGACUUUCGUCUCUACUCAUCGAAUAAUAUUCCCGUCAAAACCUAUUCAGACAUUAAUAUCUAUGAUCUGAUCGCUUCCAACCGUUUACGUAAUACCGUUGACAUCAAUUCCGGUUCCGUUGCCAUCGAUCAACAAAAUGUUGAGGAAACACCUGUCAGUUGCGGUUUCAUGUCUUUCCGUCCGCGAUGUCUGCAACAAUUGGCCACAAUUCAGGUCUUUGUAUUCUUCUGUAGUAUUUUGGUUACUCUACAACAGGCCCUCUCUUCGGGUUAUUUCAACAGCGUUAUAACAACUAUAGAGAAGCGGUUUGACUUCCCGAGCGCAGUGACCGGUGCUAUAGUCAGUACGUUUGAGUUGGGAAAUCUGCUCACCAUUAUAUUCGUCAGCUAUUUUGGCACUUAUAGACACAUUCCUCAAUGGAUUGGCAAAGGAAUUCUGAUCACUGGAAUCGGUUCCAUAGUGUUUGCGAUUCCGCACUUUAUGGAUAUUCACAAUCCGCUGGAUAACGUGAACGUUUCGGGUCCGCUAUCCGACAACACAUGCCGUAUACCCACUCCGGCUUUCAGCUCUCCUGUGCUCCAGAAAGCCAGCCAUUUCAUAAACCCGGUGCCGCCGAACAAUGACCCCACGUGUGUCGAAGGGGGCACUUAUAACGCGCCGCAUAUUCUUAUAUUUAUAUUAGCGAUGAUUCUGAUUGGUUGCGGCGGAACUCCAAUCUUCACGUUAGGCACUACUUAUAUUGACGAUCACGUCAAGAAGGAGAGCUCAUCCAUGUAUAUCGGUUGUAUGUACUCAAUGGUGGCGUUCGGUCUGGUCUGUGGCUUUCUAUUGGGCGGCUAUUUUAUUCAGGUUCACGAGAACUCUUUUGGUUCGGGAACCGUUCCCAUAGACAUAUCGCCGGGUCAUCCCAAGUGGAUUGGAGCAUGGUGGGCUGGCUUCAUCAUGCUCGGCAUUCUACUCAUUCUCAUAUCCAUACCAUUCUUCGCGUUUCCCAAAAGUCUUAAACCAAAGUCCAAAAAAGAGUCCAAAAGUGAGAGAACUGUUCUCUCGUUGACAGCGACCGAAGCCGACGAACCAAUGAUUCACAAAACCAAAUACAUGUCCCCGGAAUCGGCCAACAAUUCCAUGAGCCGUUCCCGUAGUCCAGCGCAUCAUAAGCCAGAGUACGGCCGUAAUCUCAAAGAGAUCCCGGCCUGUAUGUGGCGUUUACUUACGAAUCCCGUCUAUAUGUGCACAUGUCUCGGCUCGUGUAUGGAACUGGCGAUCGUCAGCGGAUUCCUCGUAUUUUUGCCCAAAUAUUUGGAAACUCAGUUCAGUUUAGGCAAAUCCGAAGCCAAUCUGUUCGCCGGCGGUAUCGCAGUUCCCGGCGCUUGUGUUGGCAUCUUCUUAGGCGGCUAUCUAUUGAAACGGUUCCAAAUGAAGCCAAAGGGCGCCAUUCAGUUCGUACUAUUCUUCAACUUAGUCUGUAUGGGUCUCUAUACUGCCCUCUACUUCCUGGGCUGCGAUAACGUACGAAUGGCCGGCACUACUCUUCCCUACUCUAACAAUACUCGGUUUGACGCGUUUCAAGUGAACCUAACAGCGGAGUGCAAUAUGGGCUGCCGGUGCUCUCCCAACGAGUUGGAGCCCGUCUGUGAUACACAGAAUAAGAUUAGUUAUUAUUCGCCGUGUUUUGCGGGCUGUAAGUCAGUCGAAGGGCCCAGAAAUACUCAGAACUACAGUAACUGCGCCUGUAUUUCGUUGAACAAUACUUACAACAAUCAAGAAGUGACGGCAAUCCCAUUGGCCACCGCUGGCCCCUGUCCUCAACUGUGCCACGCGAUGAUACCGUUUAUGAUUCUGCUAUUUGUUAUUACUUUAGUCGUUUCGAUAACACAAAUGCCAUUACUUAUGAUUACAUUGAGAUCUGUGGAGGAAGAGGAGAGGUCUUUAGCGCUGGGCAUGCAGUUUGUGAUCUUCCGUUUGUUUGGUUACAUACCGUCGCCAAUCAUUUUCGGUAAUGUAAUUGACUCGACAUGUAUCGUAUGGAAAGCCCAUUGCGGACAACAGGGAGGCUUCUGUCUGCUCUACAAUAUUGAACAGUUCCGACUCAGAUAUGUUGGCGUAUGUAGUGGUCUGAAAGUAGCGGCCGGUCUCUUGUUUUUCUUGGAUUGGCUGCUCAUCUGUUGGCGCCAUAAGAAAGAUUUGGAUAAACCUCAGGCCCUAACCGUUGGAGAGAUUGUCUCAUCCAUUAUAUCAUUAGACAGACUAUCGGUUUUCGGUUGGAAUACCGAUAUAAGAGAGGUUGAAGAGGAACAACCGUUAGGUCCAGAUUCUGAUUAUAACAGCGCUAACGAUAUGGACGAACAGGAACUGAAUGAAAGGGACGAAGAAUUUACAUAUUGUUUGACAGAUAAAGAGACGACUCCUUUUGGUCUCUCACGAGUUUAGAUAACAAAACAAAGAUUUUAAUUGUUAUUUUGGGGACAUUUAUAGAAAGAAUUUAAUUUUCAAAUGAAAUGCUUUAAUUGAUAUCACAUUUUGAAAGCAGCACUAAAACACAUACACAAAACAAACAGCGAUUUAUUUGCAAAAGAGAUCUAUUGUAUUAUACAACUAAUGAUAGGAAUUAUUAUUUGAUUUUUUAUACUGUGAUAACAUUCAAAACUAUGGAUGAAAAGCGACGUUCAAAUUGUUAUGUAAUUUACAAUUUGUUUUUCCCGACAAAUCAAUUGUGCGAAAAGGCAGUCAAGAGUUCAAACACUGGAACAAGUCUUCGGUAUAUUUACUGUAUAUAAAUGGAUAUGAAUUGAUGUUUUAAUUUUGACCACAAAUCGCAUGACUUUAUAUUAUAUUUAUUGAGUCGUGUAUUGAUUUAUACAAACUUUAAAGACUUAGAUAUAAAUGUAGUUUAAAUUUUAUUUAAAUAUUUUAGUCUUAUUUUUAGUGAAUU